AUGGACAUCGACCACACGACCAUCUCCGAAGCAGAUCUCACCCGACUGCUUCCUACCUGUCAAAGAUGCCGUCGUCUUCGCCGGAAGUGUGACACGAAUCUGCCAGCCUGUCGCCUGUGCCAGAAGGGUAAAGCUGAAUGUACCUUCUUCGACCAUGCCUUACAGCAGACCCUGCCACGAAGUUACGUGCAUUCGCUGUUGACCCGACUGAGUCGUCUGCGAUCUGUACAAUCCGCUGUCAAUGGCUCCGACGAAACCUUGAGCUCCUUUCGCGACCCUCAACAUGAACGGAAUAUUUCGACGGGGUCCAACCAUCUCGAACCUCCUCCUCCUCCCCCCCAUGAAUGGGGCACCUACACUAGCGACUUGUCUUUCGACAAGCAUUUCAUCAUUCAACAUGCCAAUCCCACCUGCUGGCAGUUCCUCGGGAGUAGCUCGCCUUAUGCGCUUGUCGUCGAAGCACUUGUUCAUGCUCAAGCAAAGCUCGGCUCCAUGGUUCACCACCCAGACUAUGCCGGCCCUGAGUUUUGGCUGAACGCUCAGAGCACAGAAGCCGCUGAGCCACUACAGCCCCGAGCCACUCCAUCUCGUGCCGAGGUCGAAUCGCUGAUCAAACUCUACAUGUCCACGACGAAUGUUCUCACGCGUUUCUUCGAUCCCGAAGACAUUUCCUACGAGAUCGACACAUACCUUCGCCAUCACGGAUCUAACGUGAAGUACCUUGCAGGAAAGGAAUCACACCAAUUUUUCCGCAUUGCAAUGAUCUGUGCCAUUGCUGCCGGAAAUAAGGCACGACAUCAUUCGGUCUAUGACACCGAAUCAAUGGCCUACUAUGCCGAAGGCCUGCAAUGUGUCGAGGAGGUCACUUCGGAUGUAUCGACAGAUGCUCUCCAAGCGCUGCUCCUUCUGAUAAUUUUCGCCCUUUCCUAUCCAAGAAAAGGGGAUAUCUGGAAGUUGUUAGAUUUUGCUUGCCGCUUGAGCGUCGAGUUAAGCUACCACACCGAACCCAACGAUGAGUACGAGGAUGAGAAAAGUCGCAAGAAACGACGGUCCAUCUUUUGGGGCUUGUAUUGUGUCGAACGAACGAUGGGCCAACAUCUGGGUCGACCGUCAGACUUGACCGAAGAAAUCAUCACGGCUGAAUAUCCCGCCCAAUUAAAUGAAGCCGGGCUUGCGGACCCUGAAUCUUUCCAGUUCAUUCUGGUAUCCCACUACUAUCGAUUGACGUAUCUCCGCUCCGAGAUCUUUCGAGAACUAUACCUUCCGGCGGUCAGCCCCAGCUUACCCAGAAUGUGGUAUGAGCAAAGGCUUGAAGACAUCUUAUCAUGGCAGCGAGAACUGCAGUUUCUCGACAAUACUUUGGGGAUGGGCAGUAUGACCUGCGACAUGGGAUUCGACACAUCCAUCUGUUUCCUCUUCCAGCCUUUAUUGUUAAGGGCGUUGGCCGCCACCAAGGAACCCAUGCUCGCCCCAGAGGUGACUGAAGUUAUCCCUCGGGAAAGCUACCACUCCGCGGUCAAGGUUGUCGAGUUCUACAACAAAAUCUUCCGUGCCGCUGAGGGAAGCAGUUUGGGAAUGUACCCGAUUACCGUCGUCUCGGCGCACUACAUCCACCAAGCUACCAUAACAAUCAUGGCCCACUGUCUCCUGGCCAUCGAUGGACGCCUCCCCGUUGUGAGCUUCUCAAGAGAGUUGAGUGGUGACGCGGAGGGACCCGUGGAUUUCAACGGGAUUCACGAAAUAUCAGGCACGUGUUUGAUCCUCUUGAAUACCUUGUCGAAGAAAUGGGCCGGGAUGGUGGGCAUUCUGGAUAUCUACAAGAGCCUGCAAGCGAAAGUACUACCCAUCAUGAUGCGAAGUGGUCUUGGUUGA